GCGAUAUCAUCGUAAACGUAUGACUUCUUUCUUUCCUAAACUGAAUUCUUUGAUAUUUAAAGAAUGAAGACUGUGGCAAUUAUUUUCCUUGCUGUGUUGGUGGUGUCUGUUGUUCAAGCAGGUGUUGUCCAUUCGGAGAAUAGGCUGGGAGCAGAAAAACGAAACUAUUGGUGUCCGAACCCGUUACCUAUAAAGUGCAUCCGAAGGCAGGACAAGUGCUGCCUGGACUCCGACUGCGGGCUGGGAAAGGUGUGUUGCAACGAAAGCUGUGGCAACACUUGUCGGGAAGCAGUUAGCUAUCCGACAAGGGGAAGAGAGGCAGCAAUUUGUUGAGCAAAAUUUCUACUGUUUUAGAUUUUUUAUAAAUAAUAGCUUUGAUUAACUGUAUAGAUUAACAAUAUGUCUGAUUAACUGCAUAGAUAACUAAUAUUAUAUUUUUAAUUUAUUGCAUAGAUAAACAAUUUAUUCACUGUAUAGAUUAUUAAUAUGCUUGAUUAACUGCAUAGAUAAACAAUGCUUUUUUUUUAAAUUUAUCGCAUAGAUAAAGAAUACACUCGAUUCAUUAUAUUGAUAACAAUAUAUUUGAUUAACUGCAUAAAUAAACAAUGUUUUUUUAAUUUAUUGCAUAGAUAAACAAUUUUUUAAUAUAAAAAAAAAAUAAUACUUUUCAUGGCAGUCAAGGAAUUGAAAGAAAAAAAACCAUGUCAUUAAAUUCUUUCAGGUUUCGAGUAUAGAUAAACACCCCAUUUAAUCUGCUGCAUAUAUGAACAAAUUCUCUGAAUUAUACUGCUGAUUCUAGAAAUUAUUCUACUGAUGAAAAAUAUUGUAUAUUUAUUAUAUAAAUAAAAACUUUUAUAUUUUUA